ACUGUAGAAGAGAUCUUGACCGUCCAUUUAUCUAAACUGCGACAUUGAGAGAGCCGAGAGAGAUAGAGAGAGAGAGAGCAGAGAACAUCGCAGGAAAAAAGGAAGCGAAAAUGGAGGAAGCUAAGGGACCUGUGAAGCACGUAUUGCUUGCUAAGUUCAAAGAUGACGUGAGCCCAGAGAAGAUCAAAGAGCUUAUCAAUGGUUACGCCAAUCUCGUCAAUCUCAUCGAACCUAUGAAAGCUUUCCACUGGGGAACCGAUGUGAGCAUUGAGAAUCUGCAUAAAGGUUUCACACACAUCUUUGAAUCCACAUUUGAGAGCAAAGAAGCUGUAGCUGAGUACAUUGCUCAUCCUGUUCACGUUGAAUUCGCCAACUUGUUCAUUGGAAGCUUGGAUAAAGUAUUGGUUAUAGACUACAAGCCUACCUCUGUCCAUCUCUAAUCAUCUUGCAGCUGCAAAAUUUCAUCUUAUUUCAUUUUUUUUCCUCUCGGGCAUGCUGCUUGUGAUCAUGUUUCAAUAAUGGCCUGUGUUGUUCUGAUGUUUCUGUAAAUUCUUUCUUUUCAUUUUUCUUUUGUGUGUGUGUGUUUUAAUGUUGUUUUAGAGUUGAUGUGUAAACGAUCCUCAGUUUUACUUGAUAAUCAAAGUGUUUGGUUUCGAAUA